AUGGAGUAGGGCGUUCUAGUAAGUGUUAAAAGUUCUGAUAAAUAUUCAAGACAUUUUUAAGUGUAGGCUUCAAUAAACUAUUCAUGUUUAAAUAUCGUUUCAUCCUAUUUCUUCUCUUUCAAAAGUUACUUCUUAUUUUGCAAAUUGAAACAUCAAGAAGUCAUUCUGUGUAAAUUAUUAUAGUUUGAAGUAAUUAUUUCUAAUCCAAUUUUUAAUUAUAUAUUACUUUAUCAUGUAUGAAUUUCAACAUAUUCCAAUUCUUCGAAAUUGCGCAAACACACACAAACUCACAAAAACACUCACAUCACCCCCGCUCACAUAAAAAACUUGUCUGCACCCUCCUCUAAUCACACACUCUUCUUAUAAAUGUCUUCAUUUCUCUGCAUUCUGUUGCUGCCUUUUCUUUUCUACAUGUGAUGAUGAACAUGAUUUCUGUUUUGUUUUGUUUUUUUCUGUCCUGCUUUUGGUAUAAUUCAAGUCAAUUUUUUUUUCAGAGAUACGAAUUGCCAAAACUUGAGGAAUGCGACUGUCAUGACAACUUCAUCAGUCAAUGAUUUCACUCGUCUUUUAAAUGGCGAUUUGCUCAAUUUGUCAACAAAACUCAAAUGUCGCCCGGCGGAAAAGAAGAAAGAAAGUGUUGAGAAAAAGCUUGAAACAUAUCGCACGCAUUUUCGAACAUCGCAAAUCAAUGUGCCACCAACAAAUGUUACCGAUUUAGGAAAUCUUUUGCAGCGAGUCACAUUCAAAUGUCCAUCAAAGUGAGUUUAUUGUUUUUUCUUCUCUUAUUUUUUUUUGAAGAACGAAUAUUUAAUGGGUUUUUUUUUGAAGAUAUAUUGACUACAAAAUCCCGGAAAUAAAUGAAAAAACAGUUGAAUAUGAUAUUGAUGAAGAAGAUCAAGAGUGGAUUGAAGCAUCGAAUCAAAAACGAGCAGCUGAAUCUGUCAAAGAAAUAAGUGUUGAAAAGUUUGAAUUAGCAAUUGAUCGAAUGGAAAAAUGCUGUAAAUUUGAGGUAACUUAAGCGUUUGGCGUAUUUUAAUUAAAUUGUGCGAAUUUCAGAAUCAUCCAUCUGGUUCGGGAUCUCAUCAUACUGAUAAUAACGAAAUUGAUGAUGUUUGUUGUAUUUGUGCAGAUGGUGAAGUCACAAAUGCGAAUCAAAUUAUAUAUUGUGAUAUGUGUAAUAUCGCUGUUCAUCAAGAUUGUUACGGUGUUCCAUAUAUCCCUGAAGGUUCUUGGCUUUGCCGAAAAUGCAAAUUAAGUCCAUCACUUCCCGUUUCUUGCUGUCUUUGUCCAAAUGAAUAUGGUGCAUUCAAACCAACAUCUGAUGGUCGUUGGGCUCAUGUUGUUUGUGCAAUAUGGUUGAAUGAAGUGCAUUUUGGGAAUGCCGUGUUCUUAGAACCAAUAGAAGGUGUAAACGAAACAUUGCGUGUUCGAAAAACCCUUCGAUGUUUAUAUUGUCGAUUGAAAAAGGGAGCUUGUAUCCAAUGUUCUAGUCGAAUGUGUAUCAAAGCUUUUCAUGUGACAUGUGCUCAAAAACUUGGUCUAGUUAUGAAAAUUGAAACUGCGCAAGAGGAUGAUGGAGAUGGUGAAGAUUUUGAUGUAAAACGAUUUGUUUAUUGUCAAAGGCAUAGUGAGAAUUUGAGUGCUAAAGAGUUCCAAAAAACUCUCAAAAACGCUAGAAAAAAUCUAGUUGCCAGUGGAGGACAUAGACCUAUGAUUAAGUAUGUUUUUUUCGCUCAAAUAUUAGGCUUCGAAAAAAACCCCAUAAUUAUUUUCAGCACUCCUUCGAUAAGUCGAGAAAAUGUUGAUAAAAUUGCGAAAGAGACAAAUAUUGUUGAUUUCGAAGAUGUUGUUGUUUAUUGGUAUCAAAAAAGACGAUCUCGAGCUGGAGUUCCGCUUAUCAAACGAUUGAAUGUUGAAAUCAAACAGAGAAUUCGAAAAGCGGCACAUGAAAUGAGUGAUGAAGAAACUAAAGUGUAUGAGGAUAAACAGACGAUUAGAAAAGAUUUAGAGUUAGCUCGAUUAAUGACUGGACAAAUUUUGAAAAGAGAAACUGAUAAAAGGAAGAAGGUUGGUUUUUUCAAACUUUGUAUGAUAGACAAUUUUAUAUUGAGAAUUUUUCAGGUGCUGGAUGAAAGUCGAUUUUUGUUGGGAUUGGCUGUACCAGUUUCAGUGCUUCUUGAUGAAAUUUGGAAUCGAUUGAAAAAAGCAGAUUCAAAAGAUGUUUUUGCGAAUCCUGUUGAUGUUGAAGGAUAUUCGACGAUCAUUAAAAAUCCAAUGGAUUUAUCGAAAAUCCGAAAAAGCAUUGAUAAACAGAAGUAUGAUUCGAUUGCGGAAAUGCGGAAAGAUGUGCAAUUAAUGAUUGAAAAUUGUAUGAAAUUUAAUCGAGAGAAUCCGUAUUAUUAUGAUUAUGGAAAACGGUUCAAACGAUCAACAGUGGAUAUUUUUGAGAAUUAUGAUGGGAAAGAUGAGAAAGCGAAAGCUAUUGAAGAUCCUGAUAAUUUCGAAAUAUUUAUGAAGAGAUUUAAAUUGGAAGUUGGAGAGGAAAGUGAGAUGGAAGAAGAUGCUGAAACAAAACCGGAAACAAAAUCUGAAACCAAACAAAUUCAACAGAAAAAGGAAGAGAAAUUGACACCAAAUUCUGGAUUAUUCCCAAUAUUCAGCGGUGGAUCAAUAAAACGAAAAAACAACAAUGCGGCUCCCACAACAACACCAAAACGAGUCAAGAAAAAUGAUACACCAAUAACUGGAAAUUCAUCAAUUCUACCGUUUUUGAACAAUUCAUCGAAACAAAUGACUUUUGAUUCUGUCAAAAAAUCAGCGACAACUCCAAUUGUAUCAGUACCAAGAUCAUCGAGAUUUUCGGCAAGAUCAAAUGGUGGUUUCAGAGAUAGUAGUGCUGUAAGAAGUCCAUUGCCAGCAGAUACAGCAUCUUCGACUGAAGAAUCUAUGGAUGAAGAAAUUGUGACGAAUGAUGAACAAAAAGUGAGUGAUUUAACAAUUUCAAAUUUGAAGGGGAAAGCUCAAAAAGCUUCCCCUGAAUGUUUAUUUAAUUAAAACUUUUUAAUUAAUUUUAUUUUUUUCUAGAACUCGAAAUAUUCAUCAAAAAAGAAGCAAUCAACAUCUCCCAAAAAGAUGCCAAAAUUUAUGACACCAAAAGAAGCGCCGCCAAUUGAAAAAGCAAAAAAUGAAAUAAAAUCGAUUUUUGCGCAUAAUGCAAUUGUGAAUGUUGAUGGAAAAGCUGCAAAGUAAGUGUUUUGUAUUAAUUGUAAGGAAAAUGUGGCGGGAAUAGGAUUUUGAUGAGACUUGGUAGGGAAUUCCUUCAGGUUUCAGCAAAGGCUAUGAAUUUUCAACAUUUUUCAUUUUUUCAGAGUAAUCGACAUUCAAUACGCAUUUCUCGAUAUAUCCCGAGAACAACGUCAUAAAAUGAUUUCAUCUCGACCACUUCGAACAUCACAAACAAAUGCAAAUGUGAUUUCGAACAACAAAAAUCAUCGAAUCAACGAAGAAGAUGAUCAUCAUGUUGUUUAUGUGGAAUUCUUUCACAAAACAAAUUCUUCGGAUCAGUGAGUUUUCAUUAGAAAAAAGUUCAGCGGAAUAAUUAUGAAUAAUUUUUAGAUUCAAAUGGGUUUCAUCGGAGAAUGUUUCAUUGAUUGAUUUAUCGACAUCAAACAAGUCGAAAAUUGUUGGAUUGAAAGCGGCCAAAGAGUGGUAAGUAUUUUGGGUGGGAUUUUGAGAAUUGCAAAUUAUUUUGGUUCAAACAUCUGAAAAAUCUGAAGUAAACGCUAUAAUUAUCAAAAAAAAUCAAUUUCUUUUCAAUCACAUCAAUAUUUUUCAUGAUCCAAUUUAUCAUUAUUUUAAUGUGAUUUAUUUUAUUGCAGUUUUUGGAGAAAAAUUUCCAAAAAGAAAAUUGUCCAAUAUGAUUUUUUUUGGGGACUUUUAUUCAUUUUUUCAUUUCAAGCUUUACGCUCAGAUUCAGAUGAAAUUAUGAAAAAUCCCUUGAAAAUUUCUAGGUUUUGUUCCAGAACCUAUUUUGAAAAAAAAUCCGUUUAUUUUUUUUUCCAAAAUUCAAAAUGAAAUUUUGCAGGCAACAAAGCAUGAUGUCGAAAUGA